UUUAAAUAAUACAAAAAUUUAUAACAUAUUUUAAUAUAAGAUCAGCAUGGAGAAGCUGUCUUUAGAUGAGGUUGGAUGGUUUUUUGUUCAAGAAUAUUAUACAUUUUUAAAUAAAGAGCCUAGAAGACUUCAUUGUUUUUAUACUAAGAAAAGCACAUUUGUUCAUGGGAAUGAGGGUGAAGUUGUUAAGCCAUGUUCUGGACAGCAGGAGAUUCAUGAGAAAAUUCUUGAACUUGGAUUUUCAGAUUGUAAAGUUCUUGUUUCCAAUGUUGAUUCUCAGGCAUCGGCUAGUGGUGGAAUUGUGAUUCAAGUUUUAGGUGAAAUGAGUAAUUGUGAUGGACCUAGUCGAAAAUUUGCACAAACGUUUUUUUUAGCAGAACAGCCUAAUGGAUAUUUUGUUCUUAAUGAUAUUUUUCGAUAUCUUAAGGAAGAUAUAGAUGAUGUUAAAUUAUGUGAUGGAGAAUGUCAUUCAUAUUCCUUGGAUUUUAGGAAUGAUAUGUUACCAUCAUGUCUUGAUAUUAAUGAUAAGACUCCUCAUGUACCAGAAGAGAAAUUUUCAAAUAUAUCCAUUCUUUCUCAUGAUAAUAAUUCUAAUUUUCAAUCUAAUCAGAUUUGUACAAUUACCGAACCUUCACAGGAGCUUACUUCUGUUGUUUCAGUAACUGAUGGCCACCAUGAAAUUUCUUAUGAAAAACAGCCUUUGGUUUCUUCAUCCGAAAAAAUAUCUUCAAUUGAACAUAUACCUAGCUGUGUACAAAACAGUUCUUUUAACGCUUUAGAAUCACAAUCUCCUAUUUAUGAAUCAUCGACAAUAUCUAGACCUAAGACUUGGGCAGAUCUUUUUGAUAAACCACCCGUUCAUGAAAACAAAAAAGCACCUUCUAUAGCCAAACCGGUAACUAUUUAUUCGCAACCUGCUUCACCUCUUGAACGUGCUCCUGCUCGUUCUGUCUCAGGUAAUUUUAUUAUUAUUAUUCUUGAUUUUUAUUUUUUGUAUGUUUUUGUAAAAAAUGUUAAGGAUAGAAUUUCUGAAGAAGAUCUAAGACAAGCUUUAUCUAAGUUUGGGAUUGUUCAUUGUAUCGAACUUAAAAGAGAAAAGAAUUGUGCUCUUGUUUAUUUUGAAACUGCUGCUGCAGUUGCUUCUGCAAUUGCUGCAAGUUCAGUAAAAAUUAAUAAGGAUACUAUAUUAAUUGAAGAAAGAAGAAAUAACUAUGAUAGAAGUAGAAAUAUUAAUGGAGAACGUCGUACGACUGGACGAGAAUAUACAAAAUAUAGCGAUGAAAAAAGAAUAGGUAAUGAUAGACGUGGAUAUGUAAAUAAAGAUAAAGGACAUGAUAAGAGAUAAUCAUUUUUUAUGUAUCAUUUAAACUGCUAUACAUGCCAUUA